AUGUCCACCAUAUUCAACAAUCAUGAGAAUGGGAAACAAUUUUCACAAAUAUUUAAUUACAAUGAUAUUUCUAAAGAGACUGAUAUUGAUCAAUUUCAUCAAAAUAUAAUAAAAGUAACAACACUUAGACAACAAUCACAAGAGAAUUUUGAACAAUCUUGGUUACCAUAUCGUAAAACAAUAAAAUUUAUUUCACAAUUAACACAUAUACCUUCUUAUAUAUUAAAUAAUUAUGCACGUACAAUAUUUUUUCUAUUUUUACUCGGUAUAAUGUUUCCGCUUAAUUUACUUAUUACAUUAUUUACAUUAAUUUUAUCAUAUUUUACAAAUCUUAUUCCACAUAAACAAAUAAAGCCAAUGUCUAAUUCAAAUAGUAAACGAAUAUUAAUUUCAGGUGGUAGAAUGACAAAAGCACUUCAUUUAUGUCGAUCAUUUCACAAAGCUGGUCAUCAAAUUAUUCUUGUUGAUGAAUCAAUUAAUUGGCUUACAGGUCAUCGAUGGUCAAAUUCAGUUGAACGAUUCUAUGUUUAUCCAUCACCUAAUGAAGAAUCAAAUGCAUAUAUAAAUACACUUGCAAAUAUUGUUCGAAAAGAAAAAAUUAAUAUAUUUAUUCCAGUUAUUCCAACUUAUAAUUCUCAAAUUGACGCACAAUUAAAAUCAGCAUUAGCUGCAUAUAAUUGUUCAAUAUUUCACAUUGAUUCUGAUGAUACGACGAUUAUUGAUAAUAAAUAUACAUUUAUUAAUAAAGCUCAAUCACUUGGUUUGACUACACCAAAAUCUUUUCUAAUAACAUCACGACAUCAAUUAUUAAAUUUUGAUUUCAAUAAUAAUGACUGUUCAUACAUAUGUAAAAAUGCUAGUUUUAAUCAUGCAAAUCAUCAAUCAACGAUUAAAUUACCACGAUCAACACAUAUUGAAACUGUUGAAUAUAUCAAUAGAUUACCUAUUAAAGAAAAUUAUCCAUAUAUUUUACAAGAAUUUAUAUCUGGUAAAGAAUAUCUUACACAUGUAACAUGUAUGAAUGGUGAAAUAACAUUAUUUACAUGUAGUUAUUCAUCUUUAUCGAAAUUUAAUUAUAAACAUAUUGAACAGCCAGCUAUUUCUAAAUGGUGUACGGAAUAUAUUCGAACAUUAAAAUUAACUGGUCAUUUCUCAUUUCAUUUUAUUGUUAGUGAACAUGAUGGAAAAGCUUAUGCAAUUAAUUGUAAUUCCUAUGUAAAUUCAGCUAUUACUUCAUUUUAUAGUCAUCCAAAUAUUGCUGAUGCUUAUCUUUCAAAUGAAUGUUUAUCAAUGAGAAUUCCAUUAUCAUCCGCUCGAUUAAUUUAUUGGUUACCACAUGAAUUAUGGCAUUUAUUUCGAAAUAUACGAUCAACUAAAGACGCUCUUAAAUCAUUAAAAACAAUUUUUUAUGGUAAAGAAGCAAUAUGGUCAUGGAACGAUCCAUUACCUUUCUUAUUACAUUAUCAUAUUCAUAUUCUUUAUCUUUUACUUAAUAAUCUUUUUUCCAAACAUAUCCGUUUUUUUAAUGAGAUUGAUUGUAGUAUUGGUGGAUUUUCUUAA